AGUAGUGGACAGAUUACUCGAAGUGUUAUUCCAGACCUAAAUCCGUAUUUUUUUUAAGAAUAAAAUUGAAAUUAAGUGUUUAAUCAUGUCGUACUUAAAUCAGCCCGAUUACGUGCGUUACGUAUGCAACUGUGGCUCUUUGAAACCAAUUUCAAAAACUUAUUUCUGCAGACAUUGUUCGAAAAUUCGUUGCGGUUAUUGCGUCUGUCAAGAGAUCGAUACGCAUUAUUGUCCUAAUUGUAUGGAAAAUUUUCCGCAAACGGAAGCACGUCUCAAGAAAAAUAAGUGUUCAAAUUGCUUCAAAUGUCCUUGUUGUUUCCAUACUUUAUCUACAAGAGCGGGACAUGUACCCUUUAGAACAGCACCUCAAGAAGGAGAAGAUUCCAAAGAUGUUAAAACAACACCAAAGAAAUUUUAUUAUUUGUUCUGUUCAUUAUGUAGAUGGACUUCUAGAGAUGCUGGUAUCCCAGAUCAAUCUGUUGCUACUGGAGGUUGGCCUGAACAGGAGAAUCCUCAUAUCAGUCGUAUCAGUGCUUUAAUUGAUUACCAUAGAAUAUUAGCUUCGAUAGAGAAGCAACAAUGUGAGAAGAAAUUUCGAGCAAAGCGUCCUUAUAUGCAUGCCAUGUUUACUAUAACAUCUGCUAUGGUUCGUAAACGGAUUGGUCAUCCUUCGGAGACACCUGCUAAGAAUCAGUCAAGUGAUCAGCCUCCACCAUCUGUUGCUAGUGAAGACGUAGAUGAACUACCAGCAGAGAUCUUUACAGAUCCAGUGGAUAUAACUAAAAUUACAACACUGGAGCAAAGAUUACAACAUUUGGAUGUCCAAGCAGAGAAAGUGAAUGAAUUACGCCCACAGCAUAGGGAAUAUUUAGUCAGGAGAUCACAGCGUUGUAGGGUCUGUGAACAUAGUGUUAGUAAACCAGAUCUUUGUCCACAGUCUAUAAAGUUCAAGAUUCAGCUUGCUGCAUUUUAUCAUGUACCGGAGGUAAGGAUUGUUACUUGCGAACCACUCCGACCGGGUAAAGCAAGCGAACUGCUUUUGAAAUUUUGUAAUCCAACUCGACAUCAAACUCAAGUGACAUUGCUAUCUUUGGAUACAUCAAUGACUCCAGUAGAUGUUGCUAGUGAAAAAGAAGAUUCUAAACAAGAAAAUAUACAACAGGGCUCAGAAUCUCCGAAUUUGUUGCCUUCUAUCGUACGACAAGUGUCUAUAACAGAAGAAAUUAAAUCUAUAAAAGUUAAUGCGAACGCAGAUAUACUUUUACCUCAUGCUUCUUUGAUACUUCCACCCAGAGAUGAUACCGCUGAGUAUGACGAUACAGGAGAUACUCAUAAUUUUCAAGAUGACCCUAAGCUUGUGGUUUGGCGGAAGGGAAACAAAGCGGUAAUAAAGCUACAUGUGACACCACACGAGAAUUCGACGGGCGGUGAAGAUCAGUCAGUCAUUAUUGGAUUUGUUAUGCAGUAUGGACACGUGAACACAAUCACAACAUUAGAACAUAAAACGCCUCAAAAGUUGGAUUUAAAAGUGAAAUUGUAUCUCACUGUGGGAAAUAUUGUUAGCAAUGUGUAA